AGAGAGAGAGAGAGAGAGAGAGAGAGAAUCCUAAGUGUAUACGGAUGAUUCAACAAUAAGUUUUGCAGGUUUCACAAAUAUCCAUAUAGAAAUGAAGAGAAGCGAUAUCUUCAAAGAAGAAGAUCAUGAACAAGAAGACUAUACCACGAAGAAAAACCCUAGUUUUCGAGGCCUUCAUGAAGAAGAAGAUGCUGAUGAGGAAGAAGAAGAAGAAGAAGAUGCUGAAUUAGAAAAGGCUGAUCAUCACUCAGCAAGUACUAGUAUACCCAAAAAUGGAUCAACUUCAAGCAACAGCACAGUAGAAGAGAGCGAGAAGAAGUCUAACUCAGCCACCGGUUAUGUGCGACCCUAUGUUCGUUCCAAGAACCCUAGACUCCGGUGGACACCCGAACUCCAUCUCCGAUUUAUUCAUGCAGUUGAGAAAUUGGGAGGUCAAGAAAGAGCAACACCGAAGUUAGUUCUUCAAUUGAUGAACAUUAAAGGGCUUAGCAUCUCCCAUGUCAAAAGCCAUCUUCAAAUGUAUAGAAGCAAGACGAUUGACGAUCCAAAUCAAGCUGUUUCAGAACAAAGGCUUCUUUAUGAAAGUGAUGAUCAUCAUAUUUACAACCUUAGCCAACUUCCCAUGCUCCAAAGUUUUUCUCAAAAAUCAAUUUCCAAUUUUAGAUAUUCAGAUGGUCUUUGGAGUCACCACACAAACCAAGAUUGCAACCCUUUUAUAGCAGGUGGACUUAGCAAUGGUGUUCAUGGUUCAAGAGCUGAGAGAUUAAUCUAUGAAAUGAACAACAGCUCAAAUUUUAGAUGCCUCGCAAACAAUAAUAGUGAAGAAUCCCAGUUGAGAUUAUUCGGAGAUCAUUAUGGUUGGUCAAGAGAUAAGCCAAUCCGAAUCAAAACUCAAACGGAUAAUAGAUCAGACAUCAUCAUCAACGAUCAAGACAAAAUGGUACUCAAAAGGAAGGAGAUCAAUCAACAGGAUCAAGAAAAUCAUGAUCUUGAUCUAAAUCUUUCGCUACAAAUGAAAACCCAUGAAAAUGAUGAUACAAGAAACAAUGAGGUCAAUGAGAGCGAGUGUGCCUUAUCAUUGUUUUCGUCAAUUUCAACUAAAAGCCCUAGUAACAUUAGAAGAUCAAAGCAUGCAAAAACAGUGGGUGGUAGUACUAGUACAAGCCUAGAUCUGACUUUGUGAAAGAAACAAAAUAACUGUUUAAGUAAGAUUCUGAAGGU